AUGUAUUCCACCCUGAUCAAGCUUGCAUUUCUCGUAGCAGGUGCAAUAUCGUACUAUGUCUCGUUCACACCACCAAACCCAGCACCGACCAAGGAGGACAGAAUAUACGACGGUCAACUGUUUGAUCGUAUUGUUCGAAAUCUUUCUAUUGUGACUAAGACCGCUGUUGUUAUAUCAUUCACAUGCGAGUUCCUAGUGGUCGCUGCAGUGGGUUUUCCCCAUGCAUUCUCCGAACACCGCAUCCUCCCCAUGCUGUGUCCUCACAACAUGCCCGACCCUGAUCUCAUGGCAUCCGUUCACCCAUCAUUCGGCUUCGGUAUCGCCUUCAUGUUCGUGGGGUUGUGGAUUCGAUUUUGGUGCUUUAAGACCUUGGGGAUGCUUUUCACGUUUGAGGUGACGACGCGGCCUUCACAUCGAUUGGUUGUGACAGGUCCAUAUGCCUACGUCCGUCAUCCGAGCUACGUUGGUGGCGUUCUGCAGAUUGGGGGGCUCCUCCUGGCCCAUUUUUCUCCAGCAGGGUGGAAUCGACAGUGUGAGAUCAUGACCACUCCUGGUGGUUGGGCAGUUUCAGCAUAUGUAGGUUUGGCCUUAUUUUCAUUCAUGUCGUGGUGGAAAAGGGGUAUAGUUGAAGAUGAGCUACUGGGAAAGAGGUUUGGGAGCGAAUGGGAUCGUUAUUGUGCAGAUGUUCCGUGCAGGUUCAUACCGGGUAUAUACUGA